UCCCCUUUCCUUUCUCCAUCUACGUUCAAAUAUCUUCACCCAUCUAUUUAUUUAUUUGUUUAUUUUAUUUAUUCAUGUUAUUCCUAUGCAUACUUGGUCUUUGAUGCUUAUUACCCUUUGAAAACAAAACCUUACUUAGCAUUCAACCGAACCAGCGUUUCUUGCUCAAAUUCAAAGAUGGUGUCCUUUAACCAGAAUUAUAACGUUAUUUUCAUGGACGAUGCAUCUGAUAGAGACCCUGAAUUCAGUCCUCGAAUAGGUCAUGCAUACCAGGCGGAAAUUCCUUCUGUCAUUGCAAAAUCAGACCAUCUUUCACUCCGAAUGAAUCCUGCUGAUUCAGAAGAUGUUCACGAUAAAUCACUCUCCUUUGCAAUUGAUUUACCCAUGUCAGACACAUGGAGUGAUGCUGAUGCAAAUAGUUUUGAACUAGGUUUGUUUAUUUUUGGGAAGAAUUUUACUCAGAUAAAACGAUUCAUCGAGAACAAAGGGAUGGGGGAAAUACUUUCAUUUUACUAUGGAAGGUUUUACAAAACUGAUGGAUAUCAUAGAUGGUCGAAGUGCAGGAAGAAAAAAGGGAGAAAGUGUAUGAUAGGACAUAACCUUUUUGCCGGACCGAGGCAACAUGAACUAUUGUCUCGCUUGAUUCCUCAUGUCUCUGAAGAAUCUCAAAAUGCUCUGUCACAGAUUUCAAAGUCGUUUAUGGAGGGAAGAACUUCUCUAGAAGAUUACACAUCUUCUUUGAAGUCUACUGUUGGACUUGGUGUACUUGUGGAAGCUGUAGGUAUUGGUAAGGAGAUGGGAGACCUUACUAGGAUUGGCAUGGAACCUGGGAAGGACGUUCAAGCGUUGCCAGUACCAGCUUGCAAAGCUUUGUCUUCUCUUGGACCUAGUGAGAUAAUUCAAUAUUUGACAGGAUUUCGGCUGAGCAAAACCAAAAGUAAUGAUCUCUUCUGGGAGGCUGUUUGGCCCCGCUUACUGGCAAGAGGUUGGCACUCUGAGCAACCAAAGUAUCGAUGCUAUGUUACUUCCAAUGAUUAUCUGGUUUUUCUUAUUCCCGGUGUUGAGAAGUUUUCGAGGAGAAAACUUGUGAAAGGUGACCAUUACUUUGAUUCUGUUAGUGAUGUCUUGAGAAAAGUAGUUGCUGAACCGAAUAUUCUCGUGCUCAAAGAAGAAGAAGGAGAAGCCAAAUUUGGUAGCUGCAAUGAGGAAGAUCCCGAAAAUGGAUCAAAUGAAGAUGAUCUGUCUAAGGAUCAUCGCUAUUGUUACCUCAAGCCCCGAUCUUCUACUUACAGUAAAGAUCAUAUCAAAUUCAUGGUUAUUGAUACCAGUUUGGUGCAUGGUGGAAAGUCAUCUGCUUUAAGGGAAUUGAAAUCUGUGCCUGUUAAUUCGGUGCCUAAAGUUGAGGUAGAUUUUGGUUGUAGGAAGGUAAACCAUAGCAAGGAUGCGCCUAAAACCAUUAAACAGAAGUCGACAAAGUUAAUAGUGAUUGAUACCAAUAGACUUUCUGAAGGAAAACUAUUGAAGCUGAAAGUGAAACAAUUGAAAUAUCUUCCAGUUGAAUUAGAAGAUGCUUCUACGAUGACUACUGGUCUUCUGAGAGAAAGUAAGGGUGGCUCUUCAAUUGAUGAUUCGUCGAGGAAGGUGGAAGCUAAGAGGCUGGUAUGUGACAAAAAGAAUAUCAAUAAAACUGAUGGGUGCAGAGGGGUAUCUAACAGUGGUGCUACCAGUAAAAAAGCACAUGAUAAUCUUGAUAACAAUCGAUUGACGAGGAUCAUAAAACAUCAAUUCAAUCGGAGAGUAAGAUCUGGUGAUUCUAAUCAUGCAGCCGUUCCUAUUAAACGGAGGAAAUUGACUGCUUGUGCCAAAUCAGAGAAAAGUCGCAUUGUUGAGAAUUCUUCAGGAUGUUUAGGUUUAUCUCGGUCUUCUUGCUUUCGAGAUGCAAACCAAAAUGUUUGUGGUCCAGUUAGUCAUCAUCAGAAUGAAAAUUCAACUUCUUCAGCAGACAGAAGUGUGGAAGAGGAUAAUGGAAAAAGCAUUAUCAACGACAGCUAUCAACACACGAGUGUUUCUUGUGUCAAAGUUGAAAAAUCUGAAUCUUUCACCUUCAACAUACCUCAGGUACCAUCGAAUUCUGAAAAUAGCAAAACAGUGGCAAUGGCAGCUGAAGAUGAGCAAGGCCUAACGGCAAAAAAUCCAUGUCUAACAUAUGCUUCUCAGGAAGUAGUUAAGGAGCCUUUGAGAAUCCCUUGUGAUGUUGGUUCUUUGGAACAACAGCCUGAUAUGAAUCCGAGGAGACAGAGCUCUAGGAACAGACCCUUAACCGUUAGAGCAUUGGAAUGUAUAGCAAAUGAAUUCCUGCAUGUGCCAAAGAGACAGAAAAAGAAAGAUAUCCAGACACACCAAGAUCCUUUCAAUCCUUGCCGCAAGGCUCGUACAUGAGGCAAAAUAAUGCUGCAUCGUUGUUGUUCAGAUCAUGGGACUGAUGGUGGUGUUAGCUAGAUAUUUGCAAGCCAAUUGGUUAAGUUAAAGAGUAGAGGUCAAUAGUGAUUUAUUUUGAAGAUACAUAUGCAUAUCUGUCGUCAUGGAGUUUCUGACCUUUGGAUACAAAAUGGUUUAGAAUGUACUGAUGGUUCUCCUACCUGACUUUAAAUUGUGUUCUAAGGCUGCCAGAUGACUAGACACAUUGUCCAUAAUUUUUUGGUUUUGUAUGUUAUGCUUUAUUUUAAAAUCAAAAUGUCGUCCAAGUGGAAGAAUGUUAGGAAUUUUGUUUUUAUGUGUUGGUCCUCCAUUCAUUUAUACAACGUUGAUUGAAGGUAUCUUGACGUUUCUAAAAUGUCCCAUCUAGUAAUGAAUGGAUAUUGAAGAUCACACGUGGGUGUGUUUGAAUAGUGUAGCAUAUGAUUGAACAGUUUCAUGAUGGACGAAAUCACCAACUUUUCAUUAUAGGGUAUGAUUGGAUAUCUUACGACUAUUAAUGAAUGGAUUAAUAGCCUUCAUACAAUGGUGGGUUCUCUCUACACGUUCCUCAAAAUAUGUCUUGGUAUAUAUGCCAAUAAUAUUGUAAUAAAAUGGCUUAUACCCCAUCCAGAGUCAGAAAAAAACAGAAAAAGUUCACAUCCUAUGAUCAAAGUAAUCAUUCGAUACAUUCAAAAUAUAAGAAUUUUUAUCCCUUCUUAUUUUAUCAAUAUGUGUAUAGAUCUGGGGAUAAAUUGUCAUGACAAGAGAUUAUGAUUCAUGUUUAUAUUAUUGUCAUGAUGUGCAAUACAUUCUUAACAUUUAGUACUGCCAUGGCCGUUAUUUAUUUCCUAAAAUUUCAUCUUAGUAGAAUCUCAAUACCAUUGGGAUGAAUAAUGCUGUUGUUAGAAUGAGUGGAUUUAAUAUGUUCAAUUCUAUAUUGGAUCAAA